CGUACCGGGACGAUGGCGUGCGUGCAUAGGUCGGACUGGACUCCUUCCGUAACAGGAAGUAAAGUGGGGCGUUAACAGGCGGGAGGCGUGACGUCACCGAUGGAAUGUAAAGCGAACGAAUGCAGUGUGUUAAAAUAAGUGUAGUAACAAAUACGGCUCAAUGGAUGAGAGGAAAAUCAAAAGGAGGAGCCCAAAGUCCUCUACCAGUCACCCACCUCCACUACUGAAUACAAAGAAAAACGCUGUGCCGGUCAGUAAAAGCACAGGCUUCUCAAAUGCUGUGCCACAGCCAGUGGGACAAAAACCAAAGCUGAAACGUGUUAUUAAGGAGAAAUCAAAGUCUCAGGGAGAAGCCAAGGGUGCUUCAUCAGCUCCUAUCCAGCAUUCCUUCCUUACGGAUGUGUCUGAUGUUCAGGAGAUGGAGAAGGGUCUCCUGAGUCUGUUGAAUGACUUCCACUCAGGGAAACUUCAAGCUUUUGGCAAUGAAUGUUCCAUUGAACAGAUGGAACAUGUCCGAGGGAUGCAGGAGAAGCUUGCCCGUCUGCAUCUUGAACUCUAUGGUGAGCUAGAGGAACUUCCAGAAGAUAAAAGGAAAAUUGCAAGUGACUCCAAUCUUGACCGACUACUUUCUGAUCUGGAAGAGCUGAAUUCUUCUAUACAAAAGUUGCACCUCGCUGAUGCCCAAGAUAUUCCAAAAACAACAACUAACUGAAAAAAUUUCACACCACAGUCCUUCAUUGUUAAAUGCUUUUUACUUUUGUGUAUGUGUAAACAGUGUUAACAUGACUUUCUCAUUCUAACUGCCUGGUGAUGAGAUAUAUUUAAAACUGUUCAUACAUCAUACUUGUGAAUCAUGUGUUUUUGUCUUUCCAUGACCAGGCUGAGAACCACAGGUUUUGGUAUUUUGGAUCACAAGGUAGAUGAAAACUUCUCAAUAUUCUGUGUGAGAAUGUAAAAUGACCUCUUAAUAGUUUAAAAUUUCUAACAAUACUUGCACCCUCCUGUAUGUUUUGAUUUUUACAUAGAAGUACUUGAUGGAUUUAGACAUUUCUCUGCUCUUAUCUGGCUGUUUUUUCUAGUAUCUGUAUCAUAUACCUUAUUUCUUUCUUUGCUCCAGGUAGGAUACUGCAACUAUGCCUUGCAUGUCCAAAUAUGUCAUUCUUUAGAGAAAAAGUGAUGUGUGAGGGGAAAAAAAAAUAUUUUAUUUUUUCACACAUUAGACUAGCCAUUGCUUAAAUUGUGGUGGUGGAUUUUUUAUGUUAUAGUUCUUGCUUUUUUCAUAUUUUUUUUUUUACUAUAACACCAAAACUGCCUUCUAUGGCACCGCCAAGGUAUUUUGUACAGUGUAACUGUUUUAUUCCAUGCUUCUCCAAAUAAGUUCGUUUUGAAGUCAGAUGGCCUCAACUACCCCACCUCAUUGACCUCUGGUAAAAUGUGACGUAACAGAACUUGGAAAUAGUACUUUUACAGUGGGGGAUAUUUUAAAUAUUAUACAAAACUUCCCCUUGUUCAGAUAACAUAUCUGAAGUAAUUAAGUAUAGACUUCUACAUGAUACUUGACAGAACCAUAUAUAUAUAUGAACAUUGUUUACUGGGAUGAAUGCACUUUAAAAAUGAACUAAAAUAAAUCUGAUCUUUCAUAUACAAGGACACUUUAAACUCACUGUUGUUCUUACUGUUAUGUUUUACUCCAGAGUGUAAUCUCAAGAUUACAAAAUUGGCAGAGUGGUCCAUUCAGCCUACAUAUUAUCACUGUUUGUUUACAUGCAGACAAUCAAAUUGCUACUGAAUCUAAUAUGUAUUGUAAUUUGUUUUAUGUAUAUGGGUAGAAUUUUACAAUUUGCUAUGUGUCUAUUGUAAAUAUGUUCUACAUGUAAGUAGGGUAGUAUGCUUUUAUGGUGUCAUUACUUGAGCGUAGUGACUGUGAAAGUUUUCAAAUAAGAACAAUGUUAUGAUAAAUGUAAUUAUAUGUGUACCAGCAAACUAACUAAAGUUAAAUAUUGUUUAACUAUGUUCAUGUUAUGGCCAAAUAAACACAAAACUUGUCUUUA